AUGACUCUUGAGGAAUCCGUGCCAGAGUUGUCUGAUUUCGAAAGGCAGCGCGCAGCCAACAUCGCAGAGCGCGAUGCGCUGUUGAAAAAGCUUACCCUUGAAGCCCAAUCUUCAGGGCUAUUUACUAAGGGUCCUUCUACCAAGUCCUCAAAGCCAACAUCAAACAAUUCCAAAAAGAAACCCGCGAAACGUGUUAAGAAAGAGAAUGAAGCGCCAGUGCCACGAAGAACGUCGUCACGGCUAGCUGGAUUGACUGCCAAUAGUGAAAUAGCAAAACGCAAAGCUGAGGAAGAAUAUGAAGCUCAAAAGGCGGUCGCGCAAGCAAAACGAAUGCGUAUCUCUGGAGAUCUUAAUAUGGGAGAUAUUGUCGUUGGAGGACAGAAAUGGGAUAGCACCACCUUUCUAGGAACGGACGCAACUGCUCCACAGCGUUUUGCCAGAACUUUUGGUGAAGAGGACAUUAAGAAAACUACAGACAAGGAGCUGAAGUCCUUGCGGGAAAAAAUGAGUGGGUUGAAUCUUUGGGAGCCAUGGGAGCCUAAUCGAAUAAAAAUAACACCAGAAAGAGUAUAUUCGAUGGCAUUUCACCCCACUGAGAGCAAACCAUUGGUCUUCGCAGGUGACAAGCUUGGUAAUUUGGGCAUAUUUGACGCUUCUCAGACACCUCCUGUAAACGUGAAAACUGAAGACGACGAAGACAAUGACGAAGAAGAUCCGGACCCUGUAAUAGCAAUCAUAAAACCCCAUGCUCGGACAAUUAGCGCAAUACGAAUACAUUCUUCGACCCCGUCCAAACUCUACACAGCCAGCUACGACAGUUCCAUUCGGGCGCUCGAUCUGGAGAAAUCCGUCUCGACGGAAGCGUAUGCACCCGCCUCAAAAUCAGACGACGAAGCAGUAUCGGGUGUGGACAUGGCACCGAUUGAUCCGCACGUGUUAUACUUUACUACACUUGAUGGAUUUUUUGGUCGGCAUGACACCCGUAUAUCGGGAAGCGGGGGCUCUAGCGAUCAUAAGAAUAGAAGCACCAGCAACUCGGAUAUGUACCAGCUCUCUGAGAAGAAGAUCGGUGGAUUUUCCCUCUGUCCCUCGCAGCCACACCUCUUUGCAACCGCUUCAUUGGACCGUUUCAUGCGGCUUUGGGAUAUCCGGAAACUAUCCAAGAAGGACCCAACACCCGUUGGUGAGCAUGAGAGCAAACUCUCCGUGUCGCAUGCUGCGUUCAAUAGUGCAGGCCAAGUUGCAACAUCUUCAUACGAUAAUACUAUCAAAAUACACGAUUUUGGAAAGAAGGGAUUCCAGUCAUGGAAUCCGGGUCACACUCUUGACGAGGAUGACAUGAAUCCUACGACCACUAUCAGACAUAACUGUCAGACUGGACGAUGGGUUACUAUCCUCAAACCCCAAUGGCAAGCCUCUCCGCAAUCCGGCAUCCAACGCCUUUGCAUCGGAAACAUGAACCGCUUCGUGGACAUUUACACCGCCACAGGCGAUCAAUUAGCACAACUUAGUGGUGAAGGGCUAAUAACUGCCGUGCCCGCCGUUGCAGUAUUCCAUCCUACUCGAGAUUGGGUUGUGGGUGGUACAGCAAGCGGGAAAGUUUGUUUGUGGAUGUAA